GUGGCAAGUUUUACAGUGUCCUGCCCCACCUCAGUUGGAAAACUGGUGCUGAUAGAGCUUGACAAACAGCCGCUUGUGGUGUUUCCAGAGGAUUCUUGGUUCCCUGCCAAAGUCGAAGUCAAAUCACCCGAGGGAGUUACUUACAACUUCCCUAUCUACCGCUGGAUCACUGACAGCAAGGUGCACCACUUCAGAGAGGGAACAGCACUGAAAGGGUUUGAAGACAAUCAUCAUCUUGGCAGGUACAGCCGGGAGAAGGAGAUCAAGCAGCGUCAGAAGGGACUAUGCUGGGAUGUGUAUGCAGAGGGAAUUCCUCACUGCAUAAAAGCAGAUGACCUAGCUUCUCUUCCUGCUGAGGUCAGAUUCUCCUUUGCCAAGCAGACAGAGUUUCUAUUCAACUCACAGACAGGACUUGCAGAGCUGCAGUUGAAGGGGCUGGCUGAUAAUAAAAUGGGAUGGACGAAUCUUGAUGACAUCAGCAGAGUGUUUUGUUGCAAACAGACUGAAAUAUCCGACUAUGUCCAAGAGCACUGGAAGGAAGAUGCCUUUUUUGGCUACCAGUUUCUGAAUGGGCUCAAUCCCAUGCUUAUUCGUCGCUGUGACGUCCUGCCCGACAACUUUCCUGUGACUGACGCCAUGGUUUUCCCUGACUCUCGCUGCUGCUUGGUGGAAGAAAUGAAGAAAGGCAACAUAUUCCUUUGUGACUACAAGCAAAUAGACGGUGUGAAAACAAACAUCAUCAAUGGCAAGAAGCAGUACCUGAUGGCUCCACUCGUCUUGCUCCAUAAAACUCCUGAUGAUAAACUCAUGCCUAUUGCUAUUCAGCUGAAGCAGAAACCAGCAGAAGACAACCCAAUCUUUCUGCCGUCAGAUUCUGAGUACGACUGGCUGCUGGCCAAGAUUUUUGUGAGAAGUGCAGAUUUCAGCGAGCAUCAGCUCAAUGUUCACCUGCUUCGCACUCACCUGCUGGCUGAGGCGUUUGCAGUGUCACUGUUGCGCAACAUGCCCAUGGUGCAUCCUCUCUACAAGCUUCUCAUACCUCACACCCGCUACACUCUGCAGAUCAACUUCUUAGCUCGGAAAAGACUCAUAUCUGAGGAGGGUGUUUUCACCAAAUUUACAUCUUCUGGUGGAGAGGGUAUGAGCACAAUUCUAAGGAGAUCCCUGUUCUCAGUGACGUACAGCUCUCUCUGUAUGCCUGAAGACAUUGCUGAGCGUGGACUCGAGGACAUGCCAAACUUCUACUACAGAGACGAUGGACUCAGAUUGUGGGACAUUAUCAACAGGUUUGUACGUGGUGUCCUAAGCUACUACUACAAGAAUGAUCUUGAAGUUCAGCAAGACUCUGAACUGCAAAAUUGGAUUUUGGACAUUUUUGAACAUGGAUUCCUUUCCCAUCCUUGCCCAGGAAUCCCGCAGAAACUUGCUACAGUGGAUGAGCUCAUCAAGUUUGCCACCAUGGUGAUCUUCACUGGCUCAGCCCAGCAUGCUGCGGUGAAUACUGGACAGUUUGACUACGGUGGCUGGAUGCCAAACAUGGCAACCUCCCUGCAACUCCCACCGCCAACCAAAAAAGGGGAAGCGACUGAAGAAACGAUGCUGAAAACACUGCCAGACGUCAACACCACAGUUCAGGGCAUGGCCACCUUGUGGCUGCUCAGCCAGCAGUCCAGUGAUUUUGUACCCCUUGGACAGUACCCCGAGGACCACUUCAGUGAGGAGACUCCACGUGAGAUGAUAAAGAACUUUCAAAAGGAGCUUGAGGCGUUAAGUGCAGCCAUCAAAGAGAGAAACAAGGAUCUGAACGUUCCGUACACGUACAUGGAUCCAGAGGAAAUAGAAAACAGUGUGGCUAUUUGAACAAAAAGGAGUUUUCUCUCAGCUUUCUAAUAGCAACACACAGUGAUGGGCUGCAAGGUUUUCUUAUGGAUGUUAUUCGACAUUUUUAUGAACAUAGGGGAAAACAUGUUACCUGUCAUGGGCGCCGUAUAGGGGGAAAAGUUAAGACAAUUCCAGUUCCCAGUUUUUGUGAUGAUUUAGAUUUUUUUGGGGCCCAAAAUUUCUGGUGACACCCCUGCCUGUUUCACUCUUCUAACAGUUUAGUUUAAAUGUACAUUUUCCAAAGUAGAUAUUUGCAAUAUACUAAUCGGGAUCCAUGCUGAGAAAUAUGGAGACAUAUGUGUGAGUUUAACCUGCCUGUUAGGUUUUAGGCUGUUUUCUGUACAUUAGAAUGGGCAAUGGCC